GGGUUAGUGUGCAUCUGGCCACCGGAAGUCGGGUCCACAGCGCUCAGACUUCGGGCCUUCCCUGCCCUUCCCUCCCUUUCAGCUCCAGACCCCCGGCCUCCGCGCGGGCCCACUUUUGCCCUUCACUUCUCAGAAAAUCCGAAUGCAAGUCAUUUAACCGAAGUGUUCCCCGGCAGGUCCAGGCAGACCUGCCCAGGUCCUGAUAAGGACGGAGGGACCUUGACAGCUUCUGUGGCCCAGAUUUCUCGAGGGAGGAGUAAAAUGACUAAGAGGAAAAAGCUGCGGACUUCAGGCGGAGAAGGAAUCCGUCCUCCAAAGAACCCAAGGCUCGGAGACUCUGGCGGGCCCUCCCAGACUUCUGAGUGGGGCUCUUUGUGUCUCCGCGAAGAGUCAGAAGGCAGAUCAGGACCUGUUCCCUCUGCCGAACAGGGGACAGAGGAACCAGUACAGGCAGCCUCCAGCCCCCCUGCUGAGGAAGCAGGAGCUCCCUCCAGUCUCCUCGGGCAACCAGAAAAGGAGCCAGCGCCCCUUCCUCUUUCCCAGAACUCAGCCAGGAGGUUUGUUCCCCAGUUUGCAAAAUCCAGGAAGAUAGUGACAAGGUCAGCAGAGAUGAGGGAAGAGGACCUUGGGAGUGGAACCUCCCCAAUCAGCCAGGAAACACUGCCAGGGCCCAGGGCCCAGCAGGCCAGAGGCCGACUGCGGGAGGAGCCCCUAGGGCUUGUUUCCUGGGAGGCCAGGGAGCUGGGAGCCCAGACCCAGGGAGACAGCACUAACCCUGAACACAGAGACCAAAACCCCAUGACACCUGUGCCUGGAAAUGGGGAUUCCCAGCCCUCGGCUUCCACCAGUGCCUCUCCAGAAAGGGGGACGGUCCCCUUGGCCUCAGAGAGGGCCAGCCAGAACCACCUGUCGGAGCAAGGAAUGAACACAGCAGAUGGUGAAAGCAGGGAGGGGUGUUGGGGUCUAGGCCACCAUGGCCAGAAAGGGCCCCUGCUGAGCAGUGAUGCUGAAGAGACGGAGCGAGACCAAGCAAGCCUCCAGGAAGUAGGCGCCCAAGGGGGAGCAGAGGCUGGCCUGCCCGAGGGCCACAAGGAGGGAGACAGUGUCCUACAUCCCGCCACUCAGGGUCCAGAGCCCGGAUCCGCAGACCAGGCCCUCUCUGACUCCUUGCAGACGCCCAGCAAGACCGGCAGUGAAGCAGAGCAGAGCUGUGGCAGCCCAGGUCACUCCUCCCUUGGGACCGCUGUCAUCGCAGCCAGGAGCACAGACCCCACCGGGCCAGAACAGAGGGCUCCAGAGGUGGCCAAGCCGGAUGAACAGGCCGACACCAGGGCACCUUCCUCUCGCAGUGGGAAGGCCUCUGCUGGAGGCCACAGUGGGGCCCUGCUCAGCUGCACACUUGUCACUGGGGAAACAGGAGGCAGAAGGGAGGCAGGGUGGGAAGACAAGCCCCCUGGCAACAUCCUGGGGGGCCCUGCAGGCUCCCUGGCUCUGGAUCACAGGAUAAAAGAACCCGCAGCAGGUUCCGAAGAUUCCAGUCUUCUAGCCUCAGAAAUGGGCCCACAUGUUUGUCAGACAAGCGUGCCUGGCCAAGGUGAAGAGGGACUGAGGGCGAUGUGUGCGCUGCCCCUGCUGUGUCCACCUGCAGAUGAAGAAGCAGCGCAGUUAGGGAGCCAGAGCCCUGAACAAGACCUUGAGUGGUUCAAUCUGUCUCUUGGAGCCUUUGCUCCACCAGUGCACAGAGAAGCAGUGGGUGGUCCUUCCCGGGAGACCAGGGCCUGCCACGACCACCCAGAUGCCCCUGAAGACCCCACAGGCUGGCCUGAUCCCCUUCCUGGCCGUGCAGACCAGGCUGCAUUGGGGGAGUCUCCAGCCAGGGAACCUGACUUCCUGCCAGACAGCCAGAUACGGGACGCCCUGGAAGCCCCUGACUUCGCAGCCUCACCUGAGCAGAUACGGCAGGAUGAGCAGGAGACAGCGCUACGCCUCAGCAGCCGUCAGAGACAGAGCCACAUGCCAGUGCAGAUCAGCCCUUCAGGAAGCACAGGCCCGGCAGGGGACGCCAGGCUGUUUCCUCCGAGGAGCAGGCUGGGCUCUGGCUGGCCUGGCACAAGCCCACAGGCUGUUAGAGGCCCCCUCACUGACUUCCGGCUGAGGACCUGCGCAGGGAUCAGGCCCUGCGAAGCUGCCCAGAUGGAGGACGCAACAGACACCGUGCAUGGCCUUGUCGUUGAGCUCUCCAACCUGAACCGGCUGAUCAUGAGCGCCCACCGCGACCUGGGGGCCUUCAGGCGCCUCAGCUACAGGACCGCAAGGCCAGCAGGGAAAGCCCAGGCACCCUUCGCAUCAAAGGGAGCUGGGAACCCCCCGCCGGGGGAGCGAUCAUGGAGGGAUUUGUAGAUUACUUCCAGACCACCUCAGGAACGCCCUGUGUGCACGCUCGUGUGCACUCACAGUGCCUGUGCGCUGGCCCACACAACUGCCUGGCACUCCUGCCAGACAGCUGGAAACAACCCAUCAGCAGACCCCCGGAAGCCUGCAGGGCCCUUUGUGCCCCCUGGUUUACCCUAGAAGAUGCUCCAGUGCGUCCUAGAGGGCCCCAGAAACCUCCCCUCAGCCUACCCAGAAGUCAGCUUUCCGUGGGAAACCCGGGGGCCAGGCCUGGGUCAGCAGCCUGCUUUGGGAGUUGGCAGGGGAGGGGGCCUGCAGCAGAGGCCCGAGGCUGGAGGCUGCCUGUGUCCCCCACUCCAGAAGCCAGUUGCUUCUGAGCAGGGCCCAGAGCUGCCCAGAUGUUUAUCUGGAUUUGCAAAUUUCAGUUCUUUAGCUCAGGUUAGGGAAGGUUCAGAAUUCGUUUCUUUCCUGGAGGAGAAAAGGGCUCCCUUUGUUGGCGGUACCUUUGUUUUUCUCCAGAUUUCCAUUUUAUUUGUUCUGGUUAGACCAUUAAU